AUGUCGUUCCCCUUCCUGAAGGCACCGUCCGGGGCUGCUGGGGUGGUUGGCAAGGUUCUUCUGUUGUCGGCGGUGGUUCUUGGCGGUGCUCCUUGCGCGGCGUCGAGCCAGGUCUGGAGGUUGCUCCGCAAGCUUGGGUCUGGUGGUGGUUGCUGCUUUUUGUCUGCCGAUCCUCCUAGUGCGCCUUCGUUCAUCAGCGUGCGUCCUCUGGACGGUGAUGUGGGUGGCAGUGGCCGUGGCGUGGCUUCUGGUGCGGCGGCUGGUCUUGAUCUCUCCUUUGAGCUUUGGGUAGUCUCAGCGAUGAACAACGACGGGUGCUACGACGGAGGCCGGACCAUGUACUCCAACACCAGCGAGGAGUGCUACGAAGCCCCCAAGCACGGCCACGGCCACGACCACGGUCAUGGUCACGGCCACGGCCACGGCAUGACCAACAUGUACUCCAACACCACCACCGACGAGUGCUACGACGCCGGCAGGAACGGCCGCGGCGGGAUGAACAUGUACACCAACACCACCGACGUCGAGUGCUUCGAAGGAGGCAGGCACGGCCACGGCCACGGCCAUGGCCACGGCGGCGGCCAGACCAUGUACUCCAACACCACGGAGGAGCAGUGCUACGGCGAGCAGGGGCAGCAGGGGUACUACAAGAAGGAGGAGAAGACGCACAAGAACCGGGAGCGCAUGGGCGAGGUCGGCGCGCUCGCCACCGGCGCCUUCGCGCUGUACGAGGGGUACGAGGUGAAGAAGGACCCGGCGCACGCGCAGAAGCACAAGAUCGAGGCCGGCCUGGCUGGGGCGGCGGCGCUCGGCGCCGGCGGCUACGCGUUCCACGAGCACCGCGAGCAGAAGCAAGCCAGCUACGGCGGCGGGGCGCACCGCCAGGAGCACAGGGUUCCAGCUUACAACCAGUACUGCAACUAAGCAGUUAAUCACUCCAACCAAAAGGUCGUCGAUCGAUCGUAUCGUAUCGGCCGGCUAUCGAAGAGCAUGCGGGCAUGAGCUGCUACUACGUAUGUAUAGACUCGAAUAAGAUAGAGCGUCAUGCCGGCAUGUGUUUCCUAAUUUCGGUUUACUCGCAAUAAGCUAGCUGCAUGCGUGCGUGCCACUGAUCACGUGCGUACUGCUGUGUACUCUGUACAUGUGCGUACUGGGAUAGUACGGUCGCGUAUAUUUAUACUACGUGUGUGUAUGGAUUUCGUGAUCUUUGAAAAUAAUAACAUAGUACUCCGUAUAUCGGGAUUGAUCCACA